UAAGUAAGUCACGCCGAUGUUGCCCAGCAGUUUUUACCCGAACUUAUCAAGCCGAGAGCCGCCACCGAGCGUCUGCCAAAGCGAGAGAAAGCGUCAGCUGUUCGCUAUGGAGCUACAAGCUAAGCUAGCUGGGGGACGGAAUGGCAGGAACAGGUGAGGGAAAGAAAGAAGAAGCCGACUACAAAAGACUCCACAGCUUCCCUCUCAUCAGGCACACAGACAUGGCUGAGGAGAUGAGGGUGGAGACGAUGGAGCUGUGUGUGACAGCCUGCGAAAAGUUUGCCACAAACAAUGAGAGCGCCGCCAAGAUGAUCAAGGAGUCCAUGGACAAGAAAUUCGGCAGCUCGUGGCACGUGGUGAUCGGCGAAGGCUUCGGUUUUGAGGUGACGCACGAGGUAAAGAACCUGCUUUACAUGUUCUUCGGCGGGAGUCUGGCCGUGUGUGUGUGGAAGUGUUCGUAGCACAACACACACACACACUAAUACCUCUCUGGGCGCCAAAUGGGAGAAAGAACACCAGCCUUUGAUUGGACUCUGGCUAUAGCGGGUGACAUGCUGCUAAUGUGGAGGACAAAGCAUCUCACCCUGUUGGACUAGCGGCGAAGAACUGUGACAUCUCAGUAGCUUCCUGCCUUAUCUGCCACUUCUUUCCUUUUAGCUGUUACCAUGGUGUCAACUUUUACAGCUGGCCAGGGUCUCCAAACCCCUUUCUCCUCUUUCCUCUGCAGGGAGCGUCUUGGUGUGCAUGUUUGGGCUCUGUUUGUGAGUGUGUGUGUGUGCUGGACACACACACACAUAGGCACACUAUUGGGUUUUUUUCCACCACUUUUUGUGCGACAGUAAAAUAUCCAUGUUGUCUCUUUUCUUACACCUGUCUUUCAAUACAACUUUUUGAUAUUUUUUAAACGUGUACAUAGUUUGAUGCGACUUUUAACAAGUGUCAUCUUCUUACAAACGACCUAUGCUACCUUUCUUUCUUGCUGUAAAAAGUUGUUUGUUAUAACUUGUGUGUGUGUGUGUGUGUGCGUGCAAUGGAUGACACUUGCCAGUGCAAAGCAACUACAGUAUAUAAGAGAGAGAUAACUGAUAUAAUUACACAAUGAAGAAUAAUAAACUCUGAAAACAGCA